UGUUCGGGACACUCAGUCCGUUGCCUAGAGGGUGUUUUUGGAGUUUACAGGAGCCACAAGGACCCCCCAGUUUCUUACUUUAGACAGAGAGUGUUAAUGGUGACAAAAGAGGACCAAGUCAUGAUAAUCCCGCCGCUCAAAAAACUGGCCUUCAUCUCUUUAUGUAUAAAAGCACAAAAGAAAGAUAAAAAACAAAAGGUUCUCCAUUCUGGUAGUUGAUCAGAACAGAUAUGAUUUCCCUUUAAUGAGGGCCAUUUUUCUGCAGUAUUGAAUACUGUUUCCACCUUUUCCUUGACUAAUUUUUCUCAAUAAACAAAAAUAUAUGCAGCAACUUAGAAUGUUAAAUAUCUGACUCACCAUUUCUUCCUCUUCAUCUUCUUAUUCUUCCAUUGCCUCCUUUCUUAGCAUGAAAAGUUGCAUGCAGCAUGAAAAGCUCAACGCAGAAGCUGGAAAAUAUAGAUGAAAAUGGCCCUGCUAGGUGGCUACCUUCAUCAGGCGCUGCACCCGAAACUCCUACCGAGUCCAUGGAGUUUCUGGCUAGAUCAUGGAGCCUCUCGGCCAUGGAGCUCUCCAAGGCUUUGUCAGGCACAAACAUUGCUAAUUUGAACCCUAUUGAUAAAUCAUCUUCAUCUUCUGUCAGCAUUCAAACACAAGAUGCAGGCUCCACAGCUUUCAGGGAAUCUCCGGUAACUAAUGAAAUUAGUCCUCCGAUUUCUCCAAGAGACAGCGAAGAAAUGAAGGAAUUGUUUUUACUUCAUCAAGCACUCCAUCCGGAACUUAUUUCCAAUCAACAAAUGCUCAAAAAUGGGCUAUACAAGAGCUUAGUGCGUGGGCGAACAGUGGGAAGAUGGUUGAAAGAUCAGAAGGAAAGGAAAAAGCAGGAGAUUCGGGCUCAUAAUGCCCAACUUCACGCAGCUGUAUCUGUGGUAGGGGUUGCUGCCGCCAUUGCAGCAAUUACUGCCUCAGAUACAACCUUACAGGAAAUGGCAACAGGUAACCAGAAGAAAUCUUCCAGAACAUCAGCUGCGGUUGCAUCUGCAGCAGCAUUAGUGGCAUCUCAUUGCAUUGAGAUUGCAGAGGACAUGGGGGCUGAUCAUGAGCAAAUCUUAACAGUUGUCAACUCUGCAAUUAACGCAAGGACUAAUGGCGAUAUCAUGACCCUAACAGCUGGAGCAGCUACAGCCUUACGAGGAGCUUCCAUCUUAAGGGCAAGGCUGCAGAAGGGGAAUGGGAUGACACCCUUUGGUCUAGCUGAUGAAAAGCGGCAAGAAAGCAAGGAAUCUAACAUCCCAACGGCACUUAAAUUUGUAUCUAGUGGGGAGGAAAUUCUCAAACGUACAAGGAAAGGAGAUUUACACUGGAAGCAAGUUUCUUUCAACAUUAAUACAAAUCUGCAGGUGGUAGCUAAAAUGAAAAGCAAGCACAUGGCAGGAACAUUCACAAAAAAGAAGAAAUGUGUAGUCUCUGAAGUCUACUGUGACAUUCCAAGAUGGUCCGGAAGGGAGAGGGAAGACAGCAGCGGGCAGAGAGAAUAUUUUGGGAUAAAAACAGCUGACAGGAUAAUAGAAUUUGAAUGCAGAAAUAAAGGUGACAAACAGAUGUGGAUUGAUGGUAUCCAGUAUAUGCUGAAUAUCUGUGCCAACAUAAGAUAAUUCUAAGAUGAAAGUUUACAUUUGGAUUGAUGGAACAUUAAAGUUUCAAUUCCGCAAAGCAGAUAACUUGAAUAUGUGUUUCAUUC